UGGAGGGAUGAUCACCAUCCUCUCUCAACUUAUGAUCAACUUCCUUGAGGCCGUCCAUCGGAGACGGACUGUCACAAGUAAAUCUGGUCCCCCUCUCUCGCUACCUCUCUCAUGGCAAAUGCAAGUGAACGCACAUGCGAGGUAGCGGAGUCCUUGGCCCUGCUGUAGCUGUAGCUGUAGCAUCCAUGACCCCCCAUGUCGAUUAACGUACAUAUCCCACGUCUUUGGGCAACUCUAUCGUUGGAUGUCUCUGCUGUGCCACUGGGGAAAGAGGGAAAGUCAACAAACUCAUCCCACUCUUUUACUUCCUUUGGGCAGAGUUGCUUCUGAUUUCUGGGUGUGGGUAACGUGUUGUUCUGUGGACAUGCAGCUCAAUGCCACCAAUUGUGGCCUGUUUUUUCCCACUCUGUCUGUCUGUCUGUCUCUCUUGGUCGUGUCGAGGUUUUUUUCCCUGUUGGAUGUGGAUUCUCAACUUUUUAGCUCCGCUGGGGCCCAGUUCGCGCCAUUUUGACGGGACUGCCACUAACAGAAGCCACUAGCAGCUGCCUACAACCUACCUAGGGACGUUCCCUGUAAGUGACCUGAGUUGAGUCUCUGGAGUCUGUGCGUGCGUGGGUUGCCAUCCAUCCAUACCACACGCUUCGGCGCGGUACAGUCCAUACAACCAGGACCUGGACUGAGGUGGGCUUGGCUGAUAGUUACCUUGGCCUGAGCUAACUAACCUCCAUUCACUCCAUCCCAUCCAACCCAACCCAAAAAAUUCCUCAAAUACAUAAUCGCGCCCUCUCCCACUCUCGACUCUCACUUUGACCCUUCCCUCUUCUUCUUCUUAACCCAAUUGCAUUGCAUCUUCGUCUUCUCUCAUCUUAGCAAGCAACACGCUCUUCACUCGUCGACCUCAUCAACAUCAACGUCUACCGAACUAUCCCGACCAACCACCAACCACCCAAACAUCCGUCACAAUGUUCUCUGCUACUCGAGCCCUCCGACAGGCUGCUGUCCACGCUGAGCGUACUCCUCUAAUCAAGUUCCUCGGUCCUCGAACCAUUCCUUCCAACGUCGACCACACCCCCAAGCCUCACCCUGCCUCCGGAGUCGAGAAGCUCCCCGAGUCCUGGUCCGGCUACGGAAACGGCGAUGCUGCCACCACCCACAAGUCCUUCAGCUCCUACCGCGACCACGUCCAGCAGCACGGUCCUCUCCAGAAGUCUGGCUUCGGCGGAACCCCCGCUGCCUCCCUCGGCUCCGUCAAGCCUCCUCAGGGCGUUGCCUUUGACGUCUCUGAGCUCCCCACUCGCUUCCACCGCACUCCCCUCAACGCCGCUGAGAUCGAGGCUAUCGAGUCCGGCGGCGCUGCUCUCUUCGGUUAAAUAUGUCUCCCGCCACAGGCGAGGAGUUAUAGGUGGAGCGGUGGGAUGAAAAGGGAAAAAAGACGGGAUGAACGAAUGAAGGCCUACGAUGACGCGCAGAUUAUGACGAGAGCCAGAGCCUACUGCCUGGAGCAUAUAUCCUGCACGACAUAGUAUACGGGGACGCCGAGUGACGAUGCACAUAGUGAUCAACUUCACUGUGCAUUCUAGGGAGGGGUACGCAAACCCUUCUCAUCGAGACACGCAGAACAGGACCAUGUUUCCAACUGCAGUUCACUUCGAUAUACCACUUAGGGCACUACGGUACUAUGCCGCCAGGAGCGUCAUAUGAAACGAGGGGCUAGUAUAUGCACCAGGAAAGAGGGAGAAAACGAGAAAAAGCAAAUAAGUCGGGUUUACAUAGAGAAUACCCCCCGACUGCGGAGAACGUUGCGACCUCCGUGCUUUUUGUUCUCGACUGGCGUCAACGCCAUUUCUUUCUGGAUAGUUGGAGACCUACCUGCGAAGCUUUAACAGCAAGCAAGGAGCACCAGAGCACCACGGCGUUAAGCAAAGGAGUUGUUUUUUUUGGCAGAAAUAUUCAAUACCAGAGGGGGAAAAGUCUAUACUAUUACAUCGAUAUCCUAUGUCUUUACCGUGAUAUGUGUUGACCUUGAUGUCUUGCCAUAUUUUUCGAGUGUCAUGACAAGUAUGCAACAUGACAUGCCACUCAUCCUGGUCAACAGGUGUUGUACAAUCCUUGGCAUCUGCAGAACCCGUCUUCUCACGAACUAUUCUCUUGGUUUAUUUCCAGGGGUUUUCCAGUCGGUUCAUACCCGGGCCCGGCUCUUCCUCUUCCUCUUCUUCACCUAAACCGGGACCUGAGAAGAUUUUCAUUCACAGACUCUUAGUGUCCACCGGCGUCUACUCUAAGUCAAUUGUUGAUGAAGCUCCCUUUUCCUUCUCUUUCUGGGGAAAUACAUGCAUGAUUCGGUUCCCGGUUCCGGCUCCGGCUCCGGGAUUCUCAUGAGUAUAUAUCCGUACCUUGGUUAACUAAUGUCAAAAAAUAAAUUAAUAACCCGAACUCCACAUGAAGAAUUGGAGAAGGAUGGGAUUGAUGAAUGACGACGUUUGACACCAUAAUUAUUCUUCUAAAAUAUUACAGGGCUUGACCGAGUCUUGCCGAUGGAAAUGGUGCGAGCGAGCUUGGACGCCGGGUUAUACCGGCUUUUGACUUAGACUGGCCAUGAGGAGAGAGUGAGUCUAGAGCCGCCUCGUAGGGCAGUACCUCACUCUACUUUGUGGUGUGUUAAUUAUUUGCCGGUUACUAAUGAGGUUAAAGGCAAUUUUACUUGAGAAUCUGGGGUUUGUGCACUGCGACGAUCAAGGCGUAAUUAAUCUAAAUUCCCCCGCGUUUUGUGUGUCGCCUCGUCUUGCUAUAUCCAGACAGUCCAAUGUAUGUAUCGAGAUACCACGGGAAGCAUUCAAGGGGCUAGGAAGAAGCCUUGUUACCAGAUCUUGUAAUGAGCAUGCGUCAGAGGCGCUUCAGUUACAAUCAGUACUGUGAUUACAGACUCCUAUGGCUCCCAUGGCCUCUCAUGGACAUGUCAUGAUGGGCACAAUUCAUCGGUGGAAGGGAAGGCUUGUUUCAUAAAGUCAAAUAUUGUCGGACAACAGGAUCAUUGCGACUCUGUUCAUGCCUGAACAUGGCAUGUUAAUUCUGCAUAUAAAAUGUCUCAUGAGGCGAGGAGUAUAUCGCGAAUCAACCAUGAGUUUGUCUCGUAUCACCGUAUGCAUCAUCACCUUUCUCGUCCACCGAGCCGUAGAUACAUCUGUCAGGCACCUAUACUCCCUGAA